AUGAACUACGUGGGGCAGCUUGCUGAGACUGUCUUCGUCACGGUGAAGGAGCUGUACCGGGGUCUGAACCCUGCCACCCUGACGGGCUGCAUCGAUGUGGUUGUGGUGAGGCAGCCUGAUAAUUCCUUCCAGUGCUCUCCAUUUCACGUGCGUUUUGGGAAGCUGGGUGUGCUGCGCUCCAAGGAGAAGGUGGUUGACAUUGAAAUCAAUGGGGAGCCUGUGGACCUGCACAUGAAGCUGGGUGACAAUGGAGAGGCCUUCUUCGUCCAGGAGACAGAGGAAAAUGAGGGCAGCAUCCCCUCCCGCCUCUGCACGUCCCCCAUCCCCAGGGCAGAGAGCCCGGAGGAUGCCGCUCAGUCCUCUCAUGGGCAGGAGGCCUCCAGUGCUGAAGGGACCCUGCGCAAGAGGAGACGACGCAGGAGGAAGCCCAAGCGGAAGGAGGCGUUGGACUCUGAGUUAGAAGGCUGCAAGGAGACCAAAAGCAAGAUGUCCGCGGAGGAGCCAUGCAAGCUGCCAGCCCCCAGUGACUCAGUGUAUUUCUCCUUCACUGAUCUCCCCCGAGAAGAAACCGGGUUGUUGCAAUCCCCAGAGAUGCACCCUUACUCUGAUGGGGAGCUGGCCUCUGUGGACAGCCCCACCCUGAGCCAUCCAUCUUCUCCCAAAAGUGAUUCUGAGCUGGAGAUCAGACCGCAGGAGGGUUUUGCUCUAGGGGCUGAAUCCCAUGUGCAGUGGACCUGGGGAAGGCUCCCUCAGGUGAAUAAAUCGGAACGAGUUGAACCAGUCAAGUCCACAAAGGCCUUUGCUACUGCAGCAACUACUGUCUCUGUGACACCAAUCCCAGUGGAUGAGGCAACCCAUCUUGUUGCCACCUCUGAAGGGGGGGGCGGGGGGGGCCCGGCCCCCGAGGGCCCCGAGCCCCAGCUGGAAAACCAGAGGAGACAAGGAUCCACCAAAAGAAGUCCUCACUUGGGUCCCAGUGAUGUUUACCUGGAAGACCUCUCCAACCUGGAUGAGGAGCAGGUGGCUCUCUAUUUCCCCAGGAGUGACAUGGAGCGGAGUUCAAAGCCUGUGGCAGACCUCAGCAACUCUCUGUGUGUCCAGCUGCCGUCUGACUUGCCUGCUGACAGCCCCAUGGACUCCGACUCUGAUUCAAUGCCCACGAUUGCCCUGUCGCUGUGCGGAGGCCUGGGGGGCAGCAGGCAGAUCUCUUGUGAGAAGUUCAUGGAGCACAUGGUCUCCUACCAGCAGUUUGCUGAGAAUCCAGGACUCAUCGAUGACCCAAACCUGGUGAUACUGAUCAACAAGAAGUAUUACAACUGGGCAGUGGCUGCUCCCAUGGUCCUGUCUCUGCAGGCUUUCCAGAGGAACAUUCCUGAGAGCACCAUUGACCAACUGGUGAAGGAGAAGAUGCCCAAGAAAGGCAGCAGGUGGUGGUUCUCCUGGAGAAGGAGAGAAUUCCCAGCAGAGGAGGUGUUUGCAGUGGCGGCUGUGACAACCGCCAAGGAAAGCCAACGUGGGGAUGCUGCAGAGGAGGUGUCAUCCAGUGACGAUGAGCCCCUGCACCCCAGGGACAUGUUAGCAGUGGAUGCCCCUGCACAGAAAUCUCAGCCAACCUACAAGAAAUCCUUGCGGCUCUCCUCUGAACAAAUCGGAAGACUGAAUCUGCAGGAUGGCCCCAACGAGGUGGCAUUCAGCGUGACGACUCAGUACCAGGGCACAUGCCGCUGUGAGGCCACCAUCUACCUGUGGAACUGGGAUGACAAGGUGGUGAUCUCAGACAUUGACGGCACCAUCACCAAGUCAGAUGCUCUUGGGCACAUCUUGCCACAUCUGGGAAAAGACUGGACUCAUCGUGGGAUUGCUAAACUCUUCCACAAAAUCCACCUGAACGGCUACAAAUUCCUCUACUGCUCAGCCAGAGCGAUCGGCAUGGCGCACAUCACCAAAGGCUACCUCAAAUGGGUCAAGGAGCAAGGCUGUGCCCUCCCCAAGGGCCCCAUCCUGCUUGCCCCCAGCAGCCUCUUCUCUGCCUUCCACAGGGAGGUGAUUGAGAAGAAGCCAGAGGUAUUCAAGAUUGCCUGCUUGAUGGACAUCCAAAACCUCUUUGCCACGAAGCUGCCCUUCUAUGCGGCCUUUGGGAACAGAGCCAAUGAUGUCUACGCUUACAAGCAAGUGGGCCUGCCAGAGAGCCGCAUAUUCACGGUCAACCCCAGAGGAGAGCUGAUCCAGGAGCUCACGAAGAACCACAAGUCAACGUAUGAGCGGCUGUCGGAGCUAGUGGAGCUUAUCUUCCCUCCCCUGGGACAGAGUGGGAGCCUUGCUCUGGUGUGUCCAGAGUACAGCCACUUUGCCUACUGGAGACCUCCACUGCCUGCUGUUGAUUUGGAUGCCUUCUCCUGACCCCAUUACCUGUGGAGACCUGCCCCAGGACUCUCCUGUGUGUCCUCUGCCAGGACUGGAUGGUCCAGAUGCGUCUCUUCCUCCCUGUUUGCUGCUCAGGCAUUUUGCACUUCUAAUACGGGUUGUGUUCUGCACUAGAA